AUGUCCCCUCGGCCUAAGAUCACUAUGAACGGGCGUUUUCAAGCUAGGAACCUCGUCAUAGUGAUGAUUACGAUCCAUAGACCCGCCAGCACAGAUACGACAGCCUUGACCAAACAUGAUGCUAAAAUCUUCUAUCUAGCCCUAGGUUUUGUUUACGGACCACUAGUCAUUCUUCCUUUUAACAUUUUUAUCCUUUUCAAGACCAUCAAAGCCAGAUGCUCACUCGCCCGUAUAUUGCGACUCGCCGAGGAGGCGGGCGUCGCAAAAGACCAUCUCCCAUGGCUUAAUCUCAUGAUAAGGGCGUUUCUGGCCUGA